AUCAACUUGGGUUUGUGGAGCAGCAACAACAAGAAGACAUGGAAGAACUGGAGGAAGAUGAAGAAGAACUAGAAAGUGGUGGUGAUAAGAAGAAAACUAAAGGGAAUAGAAGUAGGAAUCUAGUAUUUGAAAGGAACAGGAGGAAGCGUUUGAAUCAACACCUGAUGACAUUGAGGUCUCUUGUCCCUAACAUAACAAGGAUGGAUAAACAAUCGAUUCUAGUAGAUGCACAAGCUUAUCUCCAGAACGUAUUGCAAGAGACAGAAAAAGAGUUGGAGAAAACCAGCUUAUCCUCAUCCUCCACUGCCUCUUCUUGGGAGGAGUCUUCUAUUACCCUUGAGGAUGAUGAAACUCCACCAAUGGAAGCAUUUACAAAGGGAUAUGAUCGUCACGCAUCUCUGCCGACUAUUUCCAAGAUUGAAGCAUAUGUAUUGGACAAGGAUCGAUUCUUAUUGAAGAUUUGUUGCAACAAGGCAAUGGGAGCUGUGGGUCUAGUACAAGGGGCAAUAGAAAUGCUGGGCUUGCAAAUUACAUGUUCUUCAAUUGAUGAACUUGAUCAUGCCAACAUGUGGAUUACUACUUUCCUUCAUGUAUGUAUGGUUAAGAAAAAGGAGGGUGUGACCCAAGAAAAGCUAUUGCACCAGGUGAGAAAAAAUGCUGGAAAGUUGGGUCUUGUGCUUCCUCAUGACGAUUCCUAGUACAUUUGAAGCAAAGUAUAAAUUUCAUAA